AUGGAUUUCGAGCCAACUGAUGUUCUCAUUGUCGGCGCUGGCCCGGUCGGCCUGGUGACUGCCCUCGGUCUGGCCCAACAAGGCAUCCCCACAAUCAUCAUUGAAAGACGAGAGUUGGAGGUCCAGGAGUCCUUUGGCCGAGCCAUUACUCUCUUUCCCCGCACUCUCGAGCUCUUCGAACAGGUCGGCGUCGCCGAGGAAAUAGUUCAACAGGGCAACAUUGUACGGGGAAUCGCCACCUUCCAGGGCGGUAAAAGAGUGUCGGCAGUGGGCCAGCAGUCAAUGUUCACUGCCAUGACCGGAACUUUCCACGACUAUAUCAUCAACAUCCGUCAAAAGUCUUCUCAGGCCAUCUUUGCUGCCAAGUACAGAGCAGUUUCAGGAAACGAGGUCCAAUAUCAGUGGGAGCUUGUCGACUACCAAAUUGACGACAAACCCCAAGACGGCUAUAAUCUCACAGCAGUUCUUCAACAUCCUCAGCACGGAAUACGCUCAAUCAGAUGCAAAUACCUGAUCGGCGCCGACGGAGUCACGUCUCAAGUCCGACAACUUGCCAAGAUUGAAAUGAUUGGUGACAAAACGGCGUACGAAUGGGUUCGUUUUGAUGGCCGUGCCAAGACCGACAUUCCUGAGACCGACCUUGGCUUUGUGACAAUCAACAGCGCCGAGUACGGCAGCGCCUUCCUAGCUCGGCUUGAUAAGGAUGCGUGCCGUCUGGGAUACGUCUUCACUCCGACGCUCAAGGCCAAGUAUCCCCAAGGUCUCAGCAAAGAACAGGCCAUGGAGGAGGUAAUCAAGUCCGUCCAACCGUUCAACCUUGAAAUCAAGCAAAAGGUAGCCGCGACCAUGCGAAAGGAUGACUUCGUGUUCCUUGCCGGCGACGCUGCUCACACACACUCCUCCGGCUUCGGCCAGGGCAUGAACACCGGAAUCCACGACGCCAUUAACCUCUCAUGGAAGCUGGCUGGAGUUCUCAGAGGGUGGUAUCAGACGGGAGUGCUCGACACGUACUCCGAGGAGCGCCGUGCCGUCGCGCAAAAGGUCAUUGAUAUCGACAGGACCCUAGCGGCUGUAUUGUCUGGCGACGUGCCCGAGACGUGGAACGGAUGUAGCGGCAAGCCUGAGCCGAGCAAGGUGCUGGGCGACAUAUUGACGUCAAACGCCAGCUUCAACAUUGGUCUUGGCGUCAGCUAUGGGCCCUCGGUCCUGGUCGACAAGGCUACCACUGGUAGUUUGGCCGUCGGACAUCGCUGUCCUGACAUCCUUCUCAGAGCACCCGGCCCGUCUGUCCCCAUCCGCCUGCAGAGCAUUAUCCAUAAGAACACUGGGCAGUGGAACAUGCUCAUCUUUGCUGGUCGCCCUGGUCAACAAACAGCAAAGGUGGCUGCGCUGCGUGAGACUCUCGAGUCUUUCAACGCGGUCAAUAAAUACGACCAGAUGGUUAGCUUCACGACGAUUGUCACUGGUACUAUUACCAACACGUGGGAUGUGUAUGAUGGGCUCCCUUCUAGUUUGGUGCUCUGUGAUGUCGACGGACAGGGACACAAUGUCUUUGGAAUCUCAGCCAAAAGCGGCGGGCUUGUUAUUCUACGCCCAGACGGCAUCUUGGCUGGCAUAUACCCGAUCGAAAAUGUGCAGGAGGUGGGACUUUUGUUCAAGGGUUUCUGGUCUGGUAGCACCAAGACACUCCCUCUUGUUUGA